CGAUCAUUCACGCUGGGCAUACUGCUAGCCUGCUGGACUUCAAGUUGAGGAAAAAGGCGUCCCACGGAAUUCAGAGCACUGUCUUGCCCCCCAGCGGCUGCAAUGGCUAUAGAGAAUGCUCCAAGUCCAUCGAUGCUCAAGCAGGCAUUUGAGCACCACAUCUAUUCCUCCGACGCCAAACCCAUACCAUUUGGGUCACUCUUCGACAAUGUUCAAAGUCAUCAAUCAGUCUUGGUCAUCUUCAUCCGCCACUUCUUCUGCGGCAAUUGUCAGGAGUAUGUACGGCGCCUGUCGUCUUCGCAAUCGCCCCUCCAUCCUGCUAAACCCGCCUCGCAACGUCCACUGAUCAUCAUAAUCGGCCCCGGCUUCCCCAGCUUAAUAUCCUCAUACACCGCUCUCACAGAAUGUGCUUUCCCUAUCUACGCCGAUCCAUCAACGCAGUUAUACGACAUUCUCGGCAUGCACCGUACCUUAUCCAUGGGCUCGAAAGGUCCAGAAUACAUACAGCGCUCACUGGUCGGCAACGCCGUGAAAUCGGCAUGGCAAAUACUACGACGCGUGGGCACAGGGGACGCCAUGAGCGGAGGGGAUUUGGACAUCAACGGUGGAGAGUUCUUAUUUGUCCAUCGAAGUACCACAAAGACCGAUCAUCAUAGAUCGGGGCUAAACAGCCACCCCCCUGCUUUUCGGAGGCUAGUUUCGACAGCCUCUUCAUCUUCACUCAGCACAAUUCAAUGGGAGGUAUCAUGGUGUCACCGCAUGCUGAACUCCCGAGACCAUACCGAACUUGCUGCUCUGGAGUCCCACGUGCUCGGCAACGGCAGCGGCAAAUCAUCACAAACAAGCUCGCGGACAACCUCUCCGCCAAGGCCCAUACUCGCGAGGGGAGCACCAUACAUUAAGGACACACGAAGUUACUCGCACAAUCAGUCUGGCUCGUGUCCCGGCCCAGAUAUACCGAAAUCCCGCGAUGAAGCUAUGAUGAAGCAACAUCUCCAGAACGUAAUGUCAACACCACAUCAACAUACGCGAUCGUCAAGUCGGACUCCGGGAAUCAAGAGGCCACACAGCAGGGCCAGGUCAAGCGCAUCACGAGCUGAAUCGCGGGCAAGCCAACCAACGAUCCAGGAGCAUGAGGACGAGAUGCCGGAGCAACGCAAAGGCUUCACAAUCUCGCUUGCCUCCAAGGUGGGAGGGGUGAUACGUUCAAAGUCGUUCUCCGCGAAAAGCUCCCGGCGUCCUACAAUCACUGCGACUGCUGGGGAUGCAGGCGAAACUGUUACACACACGCAUACCAGGAAACGAUCGAUUCCGAAUUUAUUCAAUUUGGCUUCGAGACCAAGUGUGUCGAACCGACCUCAAACAGCCGCAGCCGCAGCUUCGCAUGCACGAUCGGAUUCCGCGCAGGUCAGACUUGAAUCUCACUCUCGGUCCGCGUCAAAUGGUGUCCCGAUAUCGAAGGUGCCCUCCGUGCCGCGUAUGCCUACGCUCUCACGAACGUUGUCAUCCGUGACCGUCAGGCCGAUGUCAAGAAAAGCGAAGGGCCAGGUGCAAAUGGAUGAGAACGGGGUCAUGCUCGUUGAUGGCGUCGAGUUCGUCAAUGUCAUUAGUUUGCGCGCGAGGGUGGAUAGCGGAUUUGGAGGGUCUCCGGAAAAGACUAGCCGCAGCCAGAUCAGGGAACAUCAUGACGACGCAAGGGUGGUUGUCGAGGAGGUACUUUAGUGGGCGGCAUGACUAGAGCAGCGUUGCUUGUAGUGUUGAGUACCUACAUCUUUCACGGCAGCGGCAACAGCAACAGCAACAGAAACUGGCA